CCUUCUCUGAAUAAAAUCUCUGAACGGAUAGGGCAGAUAUGAGGUCCUCUUUUGCCAUCGAUAGAUAAACUAAGCUUCUUCUUCUUCUUCUUCUUCUUCUUCUUUCACUUCUCUCUACCGCUCUCCCCUCUUUCUUGGAUCUCUCGCUGACAUUCACAAGCGAGAGGAACUUGAGCUCUAUUGUAUAGUUGGAGAAGGUAAUCCAAAUAGCUUCCAUGGCUAUUUCUUCCGCUGCUACGGCCGCUACUGCUUCCCCAGCUUCAUCGAGGCUUCUCUUUACCGCCUCGUCCUCCACCACUUCUUCAUCUAAUUCUACUUUUACGGCUAGUUAUCUUCCUGUCUAUAAUGGGAGAGCUCGCACGAACAACAGAACCCUAGCCACUAAAGCAGCUCCGCUCCUCUCCUCCUCCUUCACCAAUCCCUCCAGCAUCUUCUGGUUGACUUCCACGGCAGCAACCGAGACCAGGAGGAGCCACCGCUCCUUCACGGUUCGCGCCGCUAGGGGUAAGUUCGAGCGCAAGAAACCCCAUAUCAAUAUUGGUACCAUAGGCCACGUCGACCACGGCAAGACCACCCUCACUGCUGCCCUCACCAUGGCAUUGGCCGCCGUCGGUAACAGCGCCCCCAAGAAGUACGAUGAGAUCGAUGCCGCCCCUGAGGAGCGUGCCAGAGGAAUCACCAUCAACACCGCCCACGUCGAGUAUGAGACCGAGAAUCGCCACUAUGCCCAUGUCGACUGCCCUGGCCACGCUGAUUACGUCAAGAACAUGAUUACCGGUGCUGCUCAAAUGGACGGUGCCAUCCUUGUCGUUUCCGGCGCCGAUGGCCCUAUGCCCCAGACCAAGGAGCACAUCCUUCUCGCCAAGCAGGUCGGCGUCCCCAAUAUGGUUGUUUUCCUCAACAAGCAGGACCAGGUCGACGAUGAGGAGCUUCUCCAGCUUGUUGAAUUGGAGGUCCGUGAGCUACUCUCCUCCUAUGAGUUCCCUGGUGACGAUGUCCCCAUUAUCUCAGGUUCAGCGCUCCUAGCCCUAGAAGCCCUCAUGGCCAAUCCUGCCAUCAAGAGAGGGGAUAGCCAGUGGGUCGACAAAAUCUAUGAGCUCAUGGAUUCCGUAGACAGCUACAUUCCCAUCCCCCAGCGUCAGACUGAACUCCCCUUCCUCCUUGCCGUCGAAGAUGUUUUCUCCAUCACUGGUCGUGGGACUGUGGCUACGGGUCGUAUUGAGAGAGGCACCGUCAAGGUCGGAGACACUGUUGAGCUCGUGGGCCUUAAGGACACCCGCACCACCACUGUCACUGCUCUUGAAAUGUUUCAGAAGACCCUUGACGAGGCCUUUGCCGGUGAAAAUGUUGGUCUCCUCCUCCGUGGUAUCCAGAAGGAUGAGAUACAGAGAGGUAUGGUUCUUUCCAAGCCAGGCAGCAUCACCCCCCACACCAAGUUCCUUUCCAUAGUCUAUGUACUCAAAAAGGAGGAAGGUGGCAGGCACUCCCCUUUCUUUGCCGGUUACAAACCACAGUUCUACAUGAGGACUACCGACGUCACCGGCAAGAUUGCCUCCAUCAUGAAUGAUAAGGACGAGGAGUCGAAGAUGGUCAUGCCAGGGGACCGUGUGAAGAUGGUUGUUGAGCUAAUUGUUCCUGUGGCCUGUGAGCAAGGUAUGAGGUUUGCCAUUAGAGAAGGUGGCAGGACUGUUGGAGCUGGUGUCAUCCAGUCAAUCAUCGAAUGAAUGACAUAAGUUGCUUCUCUGGCCGAUAAAUCCUUUCUGUGGCAGCAAAGGAUCCUCACUUUUGAAUGCUUUGGGGCUUGAGGUAUAAACCUUAUGCAGUGAGUCUACCCAGUGCUUCUUCAUUCCUGAAUUCAGUGUUAUAUAGUUUUCGAUUUUGUUGUUUUUAGUUCAGUUAGAUCAACAAACUAGCUAUGUUUGCUGUAAUUUUUCCUUCCCUGUUGCUGCCAUUGUUGAUAGCCCAGCUCCAACUUUUUUCUAAACGACUUGCUCUCCAAUUGUGGCAUAA